AUGUCCUCCACAAUAUACAACCACAAACACUUACAGCCCACAGGCGCGGCGACUCCGGGCCAACCGCACCAGGGCGCCAUGGUCGCUCGCAUCGACCACGCGUUCGAAACCAUCCGCACGGAGUUUGACAGCAUUCAGGGGGAAGUGCACACGCUUCGGGCGCAGCGAGACGAGCUUGAGUCAAAGGUCACAAGCCAGGUCAACGAGCUCAACAUCAUCCGCCAGUCGCUGUACGACCUUGAAACGCAACAUGGCAAGAUUCGACAGCAAUACGAAGAGGAUGUGCGCGGCCUCAAGGCAGAACUUGACUCGUACAAACGCCGCGGGCAGGAGCCCCUCGGCCUCGCUUCGCUGGGGCGUGAUCGCGACCGCGACAUCGUUGCUCGCGAACGCGAACGUGAAUUGACCCUUGCACGCGAGCGCGAACUCCGCGAGCGUGAGGCCCGUGAGCGUGAGGCACGGGAACGGGACCGCGACCGCGACAGAGACGUCGUGAUGGCGCCCGCCGGCUCGAGUCGCGGUGACGCGCACGGACGCGAAGCACUCGGCCUCGGUAGGCCUCCAAUCAACGUUCCCGGCGGCCCCCCUCCGGGGCCUGGCGGCGAGCCUCUUGGUCCCCUAGUUCUGACACCUCACGCAGGCCCUGUUGGCCUUGGAGUUGGCGCCGGCCCGGGAGGAGGCGGCGGAUACGCUGAUCCCUUCUACCGCGAGCGAGAGAGAGAAAGGGAGAGGGACCGAGACCGGGAGCGUAGCGUCUUGGAUCGUGAGAGGGAACGCGACAGGGACAGGGAGCGGGAUCGUGACGGCCGCGAUGUGAAGAGGAUCAAGACGGAGAGGAUGAAGUCGGAUCGCCAAGACCAAUUUUCGCCUUCAAUGGGCGCGCAGCCUCCACCUUCGCACCUCCCGCCAACUCAUCACCACCACCAAUCGAUCUCGCUUGGCCCGGCCGCGCCUCUGCCCCAGCCACCAUCCUCGAACGGUGCACCGCCAACACCCUCCGGUCCACCGGGCUCGUCAGUCGCACAGGCGACACCAAAACUGCCCCCGACACCGAGCGCGGGGCCACCGUACACGAAUGGGCCAGGCGGACCAGGACCAGGCGGGCCAGGACAGGGACCGGGGCAAGAGGGUGCGAACGGGGCCACGGUUACUCACGAAUUCGCCGUCACUAUUGUUUUCUCCUCUGACGCAUGCGCAAAAUCCGUUCCGACGGUCCGAUGCACCUCAGGCCCGCAGCCGUACCCACCCACGCCCACCGCGUCCUCGUCCGCCGCGGCCGAGCAAGGCGGCGCCGGACCGGUCGCGACGCUGCAACAGCAGCAAGCGCCCCCAGGCUCCGCGGGCGGGAACCCUAUUCCGCCCAUGCCAGUUGACCUAAGCAUGGACCCGCACAGCGUGCCGCCGGAGCUCAAGAAGGAAGGUCCGGACUGGUUUGCGAUCUUCACGCAAGCGGGCGGAGAGGGGCGCGACGGACAGAAGAAGCGCGCGCUCGAUGUGCAGCUGGUGCAUACGCUCAUGCAUGAGAGUGUUGUGUGCUGUGUGCGCUUCUCUGCGGACGGCAAGUACCUGGCGACUGGCUGCAACCGAACGGCACAAAUCUACGACACGAAGACUGGGUUGAAGACAUGCGUAUUGAUAGAUGAACAAGCGAGCAAGACGGGUGAUCUAUACAUUCGCAGUGUAUGUUUCAGCCCCGAUGGCAAAUACCUCGCUACGGGCGCCGAGGAUAAGCAGAUUCGCAUUUGGGAUAUCCAGAAGAAGCGCAUCCGCACGAUCUUCGAGGGUCACCAGCAAGAGAUCUACUCGCUUGACUUCUCGCGCGAUGGGCGGCUCAUCGUGUCCGGUUCAGGCGACCGCACCGCGCGCAUCUGGGACAUGAACGAGGGUCGGAUCGACAAAAUCUUGAACAUCCCGGAGCCGGAGAAUGUUGAUGCGGGUGUGACAUCCGUAUGCAUCUCGCCCGACGGCCGGCUCGUCGCGGCCGGCUCGCUCGACACCGUCGUGCGCAUCUGGGAUGUCGCGACCGGGCAGCUCGUGGAGCGCCUGCGUGGGCACCGCGACAGCGUGUACUCGGUCGCAUUCACGCCCGACGGUGCUGGGCUUGUGUCGGGCUCGCUCGACAAGACGCUCAAGUACUGGGACGUGCGCCCAAUCUUGCGUCGCGAACCCGGUGCGGUUUCGGGCCCUGGGGGCGCGCUGACGCCCGCGGGGAAGAGCGGUGCGAGUGGUGCUGGCGGCAAGGAGGGCGCGGGCGAGAAGGGGAGCCAAUGCACGAUGAACUUCACGGGUCACAAGGACUACGUGCUCUCCGUCGCGGUCUCGCACGACGGAAAGUGGGUCGUGUCCGGGUCGAAGGACCGUGGUGUGCAGUUCUGGGACGCGAACACGGCGAUGGCGCAGUGCAUGCUGCAGGGACACAAGAAUUCGGUGAUCUCGAUCGAUCUUAGCCCGGCAGGAAACGUCCUGGCGACGGGCAGCGGCGACUGGCAAGCCCGAAUAUGGUCGUACACCACGCUCUGA